UUGGCCCAAGACUUUGGCUCAGUGCCCAAUUUCUUUCACACAUGGCUAAGCUAGUGACAAAUCCCCAGCGACUGCAGCAGGUCCUCAGCUAUUUGCCUGCAAAUGAGGCCUUUGGUGCAGCUAAGGUCUCUCAGGCCUUUCAGAAAUCCCAAGCAUGUCUUGAUGCAAGGCUCUAUUUGAGUCAAAUCCGGCCAGAUGCAUGGCUACAUAGAAACGAGUUGGACCAGGAGUUUAACCGACAAUUGCUGCGUGAUUGGCACUUGUGCCUAAGAGGCUCUGCACUGCAAGUCGCCUAUGUCGACUACCACCAGCAUCUCAUCUAUGUUGAGCCCAGCUGCUCAUUGACAGCAUCACCUCAACGCCAGGAUCCCGUUCCAGUGGAUGUGGACAGUCAAGAUUACCGAUGUUCCAUUGAGCCUUUCGACUUGGACUGCUUGUGGUGGGACUGUCUUCAAGGAGAGCUUUUUGACUGGCCACGAGUCGAACAGUCGGAUGCUCAAUUUGGCUCAGCUCCUGCAGCAGGCUACCAGCCCCAAGCCAGGGAAGUGCCAGUGGAAUCGUUCGAAUUAGAGGCAGUGCCCGGGUAUCAUGGGAGUCUUGCGGCACCCAAGCUACCGGAUGAUGUCUUGGCGAUUUUGUCUCUGAACGCAGCUUGGUUCAAUUGCAGCUUCUGGGCGCGCGAACUCCAAGGCAUUUUUCUCCCCCGCGUAGAAAGCAACAAUAGUGAGGAUUUUGAAAAACGCUUUGGACGUUUCUUGCGUGCAUCCAAGUCAUGUGACAAGGUCUUGUUUAGCACCUUGGAAGUGGACCACGAAGAGGGGCGCAAGCACCUCCAAGCUGGCGACAGAGUUCGAGUUCUGCGAGGAGGGAAUACCUUCAUUUGGAGUUCCUGUCGCUGCGGAGAUUGGGCCGUACCACAGGGAGCUGUUUCACCUCAGCUUGAUGCGGAAUACCUGGAAAGAGCUUCUCAACAGGAUUUGCGCUUCAACACCUUCUCUGGUGGUUGCCAUUUGGGAUUGCGCAGGAAUCAAUGGUAUGAUGCUGAAGUGGUCCAUGUGAAUGCUGAUAACACUCUGGAUGUGAAGUUCACGAAUCCGGAAGAAUGGUCAAGUGGAGCAUCUGGCUUUACGGACGGCCGUGGAAAUGACAGGAACGAAGCACCCAUUGAAGCGGACGUUGCCAUUGAGAGAGCGAAAGUGCUGCCGAAGAACAGAUGGUACUCGGCGUUCCAAGCUGUUUGGAAAGAAUGCCGUUGUUUCACUACUGUCAGCAUGAGCUUUGGAGAUGCAGGUCGUUCCGUCCAUGGCUCGAACAAUACAAGUGAGGAGGCUGAGAUGAAAGAGGUAGAUUCCAAAGCUGAGAUUCGCUUCCUGAAACUGGCAGAUGUGUUCGCCGACACUGCUGAGGCGCAUCGUUUCAGAUUCACGACGCUCUUUGAAGAGAAAGACAUGUUGGCUGGGGAGGACCGGCAAUCUAUCGAGGAGUUGCACUCGACAGUUCCAGAUGGCAGAUAUCCUCGAGGGGCUCACAUGGCCUUGGGCAAGCGCCUGUUUCUGCAGCUGCUCCGCACCUCCUUUUGGGAAAAGUGGAUCGCGCAGGGGGGCGAGAGCCCAUCAAAAAUCAUCAAUUUGUUCAAUAAUGACAAGUUUGUGCGGUUGGUCAUUAGAUAGUAGGGAUGUAGCCACAGAGACUCUGAAAGAGACUGUAGGCUAUGCGCGCGCUUUAGGAGUUUUUUUCCACGGACCCUUUUCCGGCUGCGCAGCUAACGCGGCUACGGGGUGAGUGUAUGUGGAAUACCGGUUCAAAUUUGGAGCGUGAGAAAACAUAACGGCAAGCCGACCUUGCUGGACGCGCUGUACA